CAAGUGCUCUCUCUCCCAACCAUCGAUUCCUCUCUCGGACACUGCCCCAAUCCCUCCAUACUCUCUCUCUCUCUCUCUUUCGACAAAGAAAAAGUCAGCGCCGUCCUUUACGCCAUAGUUUGUCUCCUUCUCUCUCUCUUCCUCUCACCAACAUAAUCAAAAAGCAAAUAAGCUUUCCUAAAUACCCACGAAUUCAAGAUCACCAUGUCCUCCGAGGAUUGGGAUCUCUUCGCCGUCGUCAGAAGCUGCAGCUCUUCUGUUUCCACCACCAACUCUUGUGCUGGUCAUGAAGACAACAGAGGAAACUGUAAACAAGAACAAGAUCCUCCUCCUCUGUUUACAUACAUCCAUGGAGACAGAGACAACAAAGAGCCUUCUUCUUCUUCUUCUUGCAACGAGCUGCAAGAUUCUUGCAAACCUUUUUUACCCGUUACUACUACUACAACUACUUGGUCUUCUCCUCCUCUACUUCCUCCUCCUACAGUCUCAUCACCAUCUCCUAAAAUCUUAAUGAAACAAGAACAAGUACUCCACGAAUCACAAGAUCAAAAACCUCCACUUAGUGUUAGGGUUUUCCCACCAUCCACUUCUUCUUCUUCUUCUGUCUUUGUUUUUAGAGGUCAACGCGACCAGCUUCUUCAACAACAAUCCCAACCUCCUCUUCGAUCUAGAAAAAGAAAGAAUCAGCAAAAAAGAACCAUAUGUCAUGUAACGCAAGAGAAUCUUUCUUCUGAUUUGUGGGCAUGGCGUAAAUACGGUCAAAAACCCAUCAAAGGCUCUCCUUAUCCAAGGAAUUAUUACAGAUGUAGUAGCACAAAAGGAUGUUUAGCUCGAAAACAAGUUGAAAGAAGUAAUUUAGAUCCUAAUAUCUUCAUUGUUACUUACACCGGAGAACACACUCAUCCACGUCCUACUCACCGGAACUCUCUCGCCGGAAGUACUCGUAACAAAUCUCAACCCGUUAACCCGGUUCCUAAACCUGACCCAUCUCCUUUAUCGGAUACAGUAAAAGAAGAGAUUCAUCUAUCUCCGACGACACCGUUGAAAGGAAACGACGACGUUCAAGUAACAAACGGUGAUGAAGAUAUUAUUAGUCAAGAAGUCAAUAUGGACGACGAAGAUGAAGAGGAAGUAGAAGAAGAUGAAGAAGAAGAAGAAGAUGAUGACGUGGAUGAUCUUUUGAUACCGAAUUUAGCGGUGAGAGAUCGAGAUGAUUUGUUCUUCGCUGGAAAUUUUCCAUCUUGGUCCGCCGGAUCCGCCGGAGACGGUGGUGGAUGAUGAAAACGAAUAAUAUCUCAAUUUACAA